AUGUUAGCAAUACAAAAUAACAAUACAAAAAAACUUUUUGUAAAAACAGGAAAAACAAAAAUUUCUUUCGGGAUGCCAAAAUUGAGAGAUGUUCGACGAUUUCUUUUACAUGCCAAUUUUGAUGGAUUGAUUGAUGACGAAGAGUUUCUUCUGUUGUAUAAUUUGAAUACGGCAAAAAGCCCAGAUUUACCUUACUGGAUUUACAAGCAAUUCGAUUUGGAUGAUUUGUGUGAUGAUGAGUGUGUGACAGAAUUUCGUUUUUUAAAAAACGACAUUUAUAAUUUGGUUGAUGUUAUGAGAUUACCUGAUGUUUUAACGUGUUACAACGGGCUUAAAGUCGAUCGAAUUGAGGGUAUGUGCAUAUUUUUGAAACGUUAUGCAUAUCCAUGUCGCUACUUAGAUAUGAUGCCCAGAUUUGCUCGACCUGUUCCACAGUUAUGUAUGAUAAGUAAUUUAAUAAUGAACCACAUUUACACAACUUGGAAUCACCUAUUGUCCACGUUUAAUCAAGACUGGUUAUCUAUUGAAAACUUGAUAAAAUUUUGUGAUGCUGUGCACCAAAAAAGUGGAGCGAUGGAGAAUUGCUUCGGUUUUGUUGAUGGUACUGUAAGGCCUGUUUCUCGACCUGGAAAAAAAACAAAGAGUACUCUAUAAUGGUCAUAAAAGGGUGCAUGCCAUAAAGUUCCAAUCUCUAGCAGUUUCAAAUGGACUUGUGGCGAACUUGUACGGGCCAGUAGAAGGUAAGAAACAUGACAGUUCCAUGUUAGCAGAAUCUGGUUUGUACAACAAAUUGGAAGAGCUACACAUUCUACCAAACGGACGUCCCUGUGUAUAUGGAGAUUCAGCAUAUCCCAAUCGUCCUCAAUUACAGGGUCCAUUUAAAGGUGCUAAUAUAACACCAGCACAGCAAGAAUGGAAUACUGCUAUGAGUAGGGUUAGAGUCUCAGUCGAGUGGAUUUUUGGCGACAUUGUAAACUAUUUUAAGUUUGUCGACUUCAAGAAAAAAGAAAAGUACACAAGAAAAGUACACCUCAGUGCCGUUGGUAAAAUGUACAUUGUUUGUGCUCUUUUUUUGUGGUGUUACUUGUAUGGGUCAAUGACAUCAGAGUAUUUUGGAGUCAGCCCUCCUGAAAUUGCUGAAUACUUUGUCUAA